AUGAAGAUCAAGGCGCUCACACGCCCGUCAGCUUCGUAUCAAACACCUGGCAGCGAUGUCACUCGCGCAACAAGAAAUCUCGACCCAGCGGCGCAUCCUUUCGAGCGGGCGAGAGAGUACACCCGAGCGCUCAAUGCUACCAAGUUGGAGCGCAUGUUCGCCGCUCCAUUCGUUGCACAGCUAGGGCGAGGCCAUGUCGACGGAGUAUACGUCCUUGCGAAGGACCCGAACUCGCUUGAUCGAUUUGCAAGUGGCAGCGGCGAUGGAGUGGUGAAGGUGUGGGACUUGCCGAGUCGCGACGAGGUAUGGCAGACGCAGGCGCAUGAGAAUCUCGUGAAGGGCAUUUGCUGGACGCAGGACAAGAAGCUGCUUUCUUGCGGCAGUGAUCGAACGGUCAAACUCUACGACCCCUACAAUACCACCUCUGGGAGCGCACCAACCGCCACAUGGCUGGGCCAGAAUGCCUACACCGGCAUUACGCGCCACCGCAGCGAGCCUGUAUUCGCCGUCUCCUCCGCCAACAUCUCCCUCUACGACCUCACCCGCCCUUCAUCCACGCCAACGCAAACACUCGCCUGGCCCACCUCCAUCGACACCAUCACCGCCAUCUCUCUCAACCAAACCGAAACAUCUAUCCUCGCCUCGUGCGCCACCGACCGCUCUCUUGUCCUCUACGACCUCCGUACCGCCUCGCCCUUACAUCGUUCCAUACUCACGCUAGCCUCCAAUGCGAUAAGCUGGAACCCGAUGGAAGCCUUCAAUCUCGCCGUAGCAAACGAAGACCACAACAUCUACCUCUUCGACAUGCGAAACCUCUCCCGCGCCCUCAACAUCCUCAAAGACCACGUCAGCGCAGUUAUGGACGUCGAGUUCUCCCCGACGGGCGAAGAACUAGUGAGCGCGAGCUACGACCGCAGCGUGCGCCUGUGGAAACGCAACGAAGGCCAUUCCCGAGAUAUAUACCACACGAAGCGCAUGCAGCGCGUCUUCUCCGUCCGGUGGACACCAGACAACGCUUACAUCCUGAGUGGUUCCGACGACGGCAACAUCCGGCUCUGGCGCAGUAACGCUUCCGAGAGGGCAGGGGUGAAGACGGCGCGGCAAAGGCAGAAGCUGGAGUAUGAUGAGGCGUUGAAGAAGCGGUAUGCGCAUAUGCCGGAGAUCAAGAGGAUUGGGAGGCACAGGCAUGUUCCUCAGCAGGUGAAGAAGGCCGGGGAGAUCAAGGGAGAGGAGGUGAAGGGGAUGAAGAGGCGGGAGGAGAAUGAGAGGAGGCAUGGGAAGAAAGGGGUGAAGAGGAGGAGUGAGCGGGAGAAGAUGGUUCUGGCGACGGAGAAGUAG